UUGAGCUGUCAACAGAAGACGUGUCCCCUUUUGAGCUGCCACCAGAACAGGUGUUCCUGUUUGAGCUGUCAACUCAAAACGGGGACACCUGUUCUGGUGGCAACUCAAAACGGAGACACCUGUUCUGGUGGCAACUCAAAACGGGGACACCUGUUCUGCUGUCAACUCAAAACGGGGACACCUGUUCUGGUGGCAACUCAAAACGGGGACACCUGUUCUGGUGGCAACUCAAAACGGAGACACCUGUUCUGGUGGCAACUCAAAAUGGGGACACCUGUU